AAGGGGAAAUAAAAUAAUUGAAUUGGAGCAGAGCGAACAAAGCAUAGAGAGAAAGAAAAGAAAAGUUGGUUACAAAAAUCGCCCCCCAAACGAAAGCACUACUGUUUCUUUCGCUGUUGGGAUUUGCCCCCAAAAUGGCAAUUGCUCGCUAGUCGCCAGCAAGGACACACAAAAACAAACACAAAAAGUGCAAAACGAGAGAGUGUGAAUGUGAUUAUGUGAACGACACAGCACAACACCACCACCACCAUCGCAGUUGUUAAAAGAAAAGAAAAGAAAGAAAGAAAAACUCGGAGAGGAAGAAGAAGAAGAUGCAUUAUUUUUCACUACACGCUUUUGCUCCGAUUGAUUCAGAUUGAGAGAAAAAGAAAAAGGCUUAAUCAUUGGCGAGAGGCUCUUUUAUGAUGCUUUGUGGUUCAUUCUGUUUGAAUUUGCGAGAUCGAAUACAGCAAUGGAUUCGCGACUACGAUAGGCUCCAGUCUUUCGCUGUCAUCCUCAUUUACCUUCAGAUUGGAUGCGCGUUAAUUGGAUCGCUGGGAGCAUCGUACAAUGGCGUGUCGCUCGUAAAUCUGGCAAUCGCGUUGUUCGCUUUGGUCGCAAUUGAGAGUAGCAGUCAGAGCCUUGGCCGCACCUACGCUUUUCUUCUCUUUUGUGCCAUCUUGCUCGACAUUUCUUGGUUCAUUCUUUUCGCCAACGAAAUUUGGAACAUUUCUACCAAGUAUUACACAACAUUUUUCACAUUUUCAGUGAAACUUACUCUGGCUAUGCAAAUUGUUGGUUUUACAGUGAGGCUAUCAUCCUCGUUGUUAUGGAUUCAAAUUUAUAGGUUGGGUGCUUCCUAUGUGAACGCAGCUUCUCGAGCAGCAGAUUCUGACUUGAGGAGUAGUUUUUUGAGUCCCAUGACACCUGCAGUAGCUAGGCAAUGCUCUAAUUCCAAUGAGAUACUUGGAGGUUCUAUCUAUGAUCCAUCAUACUACUCAUCCCUAUUUGAAGAUGCUCAAGAAAACAAAUAUUCAUCUGAGAUGGAAAAUCAUGAAACUACCCAGAAUGAGUCAACAUCAUCUGCUGAAGUUUCUCUCAAGUCAACCAUGGGAAGAUCUUUCCAGGCAGCGGAUGAAGAGAAUGGGGUUAAUCAAGAAGGAAAUCGUUUGAAAUAGAGCCCCAAAAAGCAGUUUUCUCACUCCUGUUUUGGUACAAGUUUCUUUUUCACUAUUCUGCAACUUGUGUGGGAGUGAAUCUUGUACCAUAUGCAAUUUGUUGGCAACUUUCUCAUUGUGAACCUUGAUGGAAAGGAGAGGCACACUGACUGUACAUCUUAGGACAAGAAUGAUAUCCUGUUUAUCCUUGAAGCAGUUACUUGAAUAUGUCUGAAAUUGAGCUAAGGAAGCCAUUCUGAUUACAUUACAUGUCAAAAGAUUAGGGUUUCAUGUUACCAACAAAUCUGCAAAUGGGCAAGCAGUUUAGUACACUGCACUAUAGCUUUGCAUUUGAGUCUAUAGGUGGAAAAGCGGCCUGGGGAUGUAUUAUCUGUUUUCCAGGGUUCUAUUUUUUCUCUGUUUUUCCUUUUGCAGUGAUUGAUUAGGAGGCCAGUUAGUGAAUAUGUAGUUACUAAGGAAAUACAAGCAAAAUGUUUUUUUUUUCAUUUCAAUUUUUUUUAUAAAAAAAACUAGACUAUGAGUAUAUAUGCGGUAUUAAAGAUGCUUUGAAAUCAAUUAGUGUUCAUAUUGUAAUUGAAUUGAGCAGCA